AUGGUUGAAGUCAAGAAGUAUUAUCUUUCCCCAACCACGCUCAUCCCCAAUUCUCCCUACCCACUCCUUCAUUAUCCGGGAUUUCUUGCUCCAGACACAAAGUCUCUCGCAACACAAUUUUACGAUCUUCUCACGAGUCAUGGCUGGCAGGCCCAGUGGAUCUUCCGGUAUGGCCCGACCCAGAAAUCACAUUAUCACUCUUUCGCGCAUGAGUGCAUGAUAGUUCUCACUGGCCACGCAACAAUUCGUUUCGGCGUUGCAGACACGACUGAAGACAUGGAAGAGAACACUCUUGGCACGGGAUUCGAAGAUGGCGGCGUUGAGCUUCACGUUCAGGCAGGAGACGUCAUGAUCAUUCCGGCCGGUGUUGCUCACAAGACAUAUGCUACCAAACCCGAGGCUGAAUUCAAGCUUAUGUCACCGGGAGAUGCACAUAGCCUGCCUCCCGAUAUCAGGUAUAGGCUAGAUGAUAUUGAACUAAGUGGUUUUACCAUGAUGGGCUCGUAUCCUAAGGACGGAGGUGCGUGGAAUUUCGCCGUUGGUGGUGAAGGCGCCGCCGCAUAUGCCGGUGUAUGGUCGAUUCCACCUCCUGAACUGGACCCAAUCCUGGGAGCAUCGAAGGAGGGAAUUUGCGGGAUCUGGGAGAAGAAGAAUCCAGAUCGCGUUUCCGAAUUCGGUAUUCUUUCAUCAAAGCUAUAA